AUGGAUAACGGGACAAAACUUCAUCUAUCUUCCUCUUCUGGGCAUCAUUUAUAUGUAUGUAUCCUUAAAAUUCAAGUCAAAAAUGCAACACAAAUUGUCGAUCCUUACAUCACAGUCAGCUUAAAAGAUCGUCAAGGUAUGGACUUGUGCGAUAUUCAAAAUACGCCAAUAGCAACUAUUAAAGAAGGAAAUGAAAUAUACUUUAAUAAUAAUAUUGCCAUACCAAUACCUCUAACUAAGGUGCCGAAAGACGCGGCUAUCUUUUUCGAAUUGAAACAUUUUAAAGUUAAGAAGAAAUCAACAAGUAUAAAAUGUUUCGCAUUCCUAGAAGAAAACCAAAUGAAAGAAGGGCAUGUUUGUACAGAAUUGUACAAAAAACCUGUAGACUACAAACGUAGAAAGUUAUCCUUGUUGACAAGUCAACCAGUUUUCUUACAUCUUGAUCUAGCGAUUGUAUAA